AUGGAUCUGGCGUCUUCUAUUAGGGGUCUCUUCGAGGCUUUUUCCAAUGCCGAGGAUGUAGAUCGGUUGGAAAGUAGUGGGGGUGGCCUAGGUGGUCCUACGCAGUUCAUCGCAUCGGAGAGUAGUCCGACAUCUGGCCAACCACAUAUGAGCUUGACGCGCAAUGUACCCCAGACCUAUCCCUUAGACAGCUAUCUCACGACGAUAAAUGAGCUGCUCUCGCCGCAGACCCCAGAUCUUAUUCUAGGGGAGCAAAAUCAGCCAUGCGAACUGCAGCGAACCUUCAAAACCCGGCUUCCAAAUAUCUCCGAAGAAAGUAAAGAGUAUCUACAAUUGAAAGGAGCUCUGCGAAUAGUUCCCAUCGAUCUUCGGAAUCAGUUGCUCGGGGCGUACAUCAAAUAUGUCCAUCCUUUGCUGCCUGUCAUUGAUUUGCAAUGGUUUUUAUUAAAUGUCAUGGUCGAGGAUGAAUCCCGAUUUCCGAGCCCGCUCCUUCAUCAAGCUGUCAUGUUGGCUGGCAGUGCAUUUAUCGAGCAGGAAACUGCCGUUAAAGCCGGGUUCUCGUCGCGAAAGGCAUUGCGAAGAACAUUAUAUGGACGAGCUAAGCUUCUUUAUGAAUUUGAGACCGAGCCCAAUGCAUACACCCAGAUCCAAGCAUUAUUGCUCAUGAUGCAGUGGCAUGGAAGUGGAGUUGGUCACAAAGUCCCAAUAUACUGGUUUGAUCUCGCCUAUUCGACAGCAGAACGCAUCGGUCUCCUUGGGAGUUUAGAAACAGGUAGUUUUACCCACAAGCAUAGGCUAUGGUGGUGCCUCUAUGUGCGUGACCGCAUUCUCGCCCUCGGCUUCCGUCGACAACUCCGAAUCCCAAACAGUGAUGUCACAAUGUCGCUACUAGAAUCUACGAGAUACUAUUCCUCCGAGCCAUACCAUGACCUCGUGUUGGCUAUGCUGGGAGAAGCAUCUGCCAUGCUCAACUGGGAAAACCAGGAGCGAAUGAUGGUUUUGUUCAUUCAGGAGAUUAAGCUUGCUCAUUGUGUGGGCAUGGUCAUCAAUCUUCUUUAUCAAGAUGAUUGGUUGCCGUCGUCAUCGGGGAAUUAUGAAUACUCCAUGGCACCCAAGUCAAAUGUAUCACAGGUUGCCAUAGCUGGAUGUGAACAGCUCUUGAAGUCCUGGAUUCAGAACCUUCCUGUUCCGGCACAUUAUUUCCCCCCAUCACUCUUGCAUGAUUUCCAUACAGAGUCCCCGGAGAUUGUCCUCCUUGUUCACCGGGCUUUCCUGUAUCUCUUGCAUCUCACUGCAAUGUCCAUACUCCACCAAGCUGCUUCGAGUGGAGGGGAUGGCCUCCCGACCACCCUUAUCACGGAGAUGAGAGAGUUGACUUCGCAAGUCAAUGAGAUUCUCAAUGAACUGCAUGACUGCAGGAUGCUUCAUUUUCUCCCCGGGAGCACUAUUACUAUACUGAUUAUUAUUCUUGAGUGCGACAGCUCACGCCCUUGUGUCCUUUGUACUCGCGCUGGACAUAGCUGCGAGACAUCUCAGCGCACAACGAAACGGACUCGCAGGCAAAACCCAGGGGGCAGAGAUCUGCAUUCUAGAAUACACAAAGCAAUCGCACCAGCGACGCACAAAAAUUCUAAUUUUAUCCAUCGCGCCGGAGGAACAGAUACAUCUUACGCUAGAGAGAGCUCAGCCCCUUAUCCGGAACAGUCUCCGAAAGAGCCGCGGUCUGGUGCUAAUGCUUCUGCGAUUGACUUCGCCAGACAAGUCUUCAAUGAGGAAGAAGCUGGUCGGACUCUGACUGGUGCAUCAAUCCCUGGCGAUACGGGAGCUCCUACGUUGGAUAACCCAUUAUGGCAUUUGACAGAGGUAGAGCUCCCCCCAGAGGCCGUGAUGUUAGCCUUAAUUGACGUCUAUUUCGACCGAAUGCAAUGGUUUAUCUUGCUACUCCAUGAGCCUUCAUUCCGGCAAACUGCACGAAGGAUAAUUUCCCAGAAUUCAUGGAGACGUCAAGAUCUCAGCCCUACUAUGGCUGUUCUGGCAGUGGCUAUGAUUGGGCUGCAUUGUGUGCUACCAGAUCAGAGAUGGCCCGGGCACCAAUUGUUGCGAGAACACUCCGUUGACGGGGAGAAGUUGAUGCACGGGCUCAUCAACGAGAUACGACGGAAUCUGCUCGAUAUCUCAAUCGACUGUCGAGUUGAAGCUGUUCAAGUUUGCUUCUUGGUGUCCUCCUAUUACGUUUAUCAUAGUUCGCCAAGUCUCGCCUGGACUGUCUCUGGCAUGGCUGUGAAGUCUGCCUAUGCCCUUCAUCUCUAUACGAAAUCAACUCAGUAUGAAAGCCCAGUUGUGGAUGAGAUUCGUUCUCGCUGUUGGAACCAUGCUAUUGUCGGUGACACGUUCACGUCUAUGAUCUAUGGCCGACCUUCCUCUAUCGACACUGGACUCGUCGCUUUGCAUUCGCUCAGAGAUAUGGAUGACCUAGCCAUCGAUCCGCUUCUGCUGAAGAAUGAAUGGAUAUCCGGCGAUGGAAUGACAACAACGACAGCUGGGUUUUUUGCUAUGAAACAUGAGAUUUACAACAUUAUCCGACACAUUCUUUCGCGGAUUCGUCGUCUCCAAUCCAGAAAAGAGACGAUAGAGGACCUUCUGGCAAUUGCAGAAGCUACACAAGACUCAGAGCAACAAUUAGUUUCCUGGCGAAAAAGGGUUCCUCGGUUGUUCGAUUUCGAGUUUUGGAGCUCCGACAAUCGCCUAGAACAGUUCCAACAGCAAAUAGAAGAGCUACCACAACGCACCAAAUACCAGGCAGAAACAAUUAUCUUGCAGGCGGCAACUCUUCAACUAACAUACGAUGGGGCCCUGAUACAAGCUCGGCGACCUUUGCUUGAGCAGAAAAUAACUAGCUCUUGCUCGCGCUUAGUGGUAGACGCAAUUCACGAGUCCUUGAGAGUGGCCAGUGCAGCUGCACUGCGGAUAUCUCGCAUCCCGGUCCUCCGUUUCAAGCACCAUUUCGCCGAAUCCUUCGCUUCCCUACAACAAUUUACUGCAGGAGUCAUUCUUUGCAUCCUCCCAACUAGUCAGCCUUUCACUACAGCUGCGCACGAGGCCAAAGCAGGAAUCAUGCGUAUCAUCCAUGCUAGCGCAGCUUUUGGGCCCCACAAUCGCAUUGCCAAGCAGACUGCACAGCUUUUGACGGAGUUGCUGAAAGUGACGAUCGAGCGAGAGAUGUCCGACAAUACCGGGAUUCCUUCGCUAUCCUCGCCAGACAUCUUCCGCGAUCAUCAUCCAACGUCAACUAUUCACGCACCGCCCCAUUCGACACAACAUCCAGAAAUGUCCCAAAAGAUACAUAAUCAGAGUGGGAUAAACGAGAGACUAGUCCAAACACCCAUUGAGCCGUCUGAACACCCGUCCGCGAAUAUUUUUGAACAACUUGACGAUACAUUUGGUGCCUUCGGUGAACUCAUGUUCAAUCUGAUCCCUGACGACCAGAGUAGCGCUUGGAAUUGGGGACGCACGGUCCCAUAG